UUUAACGUUCACAAUCGUGUUGCAGACAGGUGGCUAACGCAAACGCGAACAUUUAUGUCCGUGGUCUACGCUAAUCGUUUUAGAUCGUGAAUUAUUAUUAUUAGUUGACAGUUGUUUUUUGUUCGAUUUCAAAACAUAAAUAAGAAUUUCUCUGAAAUGGCAACCGAGAAUUGUAAUUUUCCAAGUGUCUUAGACAUGAAUGAAUUGCCCAUAGUGCGCAUCAAACUCAACACACCGCCUUUAAGAUGCAUUGUUAAAGCCAUAUUGCCUGAAUUAUUAGACAAUUUUGAAAAUGCUAGUGCAGAGGUAGUUCAAUGUCCAGAUUUAACUCAACCGCCGUUCAACUUAACCUCCGAAGGACUAAAUGGCGAUGAAAACGUAAUUGACAUCGGCGAUAUCAAUAAUUUAAUACCUUCAAUAAAGCGAGAAAAAUUAUACGACGUCAAAGAUUUAAAACAAAUUACUGGGUCCGAUCCUUUGGUUAUCAUUGGAGCUUGUGCUGGCCCUUAUCCAUUUUUCGGAGUCGAUGGUGAGAGUGUGGAAAAUGUUACAAUGAUUGGUGAUCAAAUUAAAAAUGGAACACACGUUCACAUGAUGAAGUCUGAAGAUGUCGCAGAGUGUUAUCAUAAGUCGCUACCGAACGACGAAACGAGGUUUUCAUUGUUGGCCAAUUUCUUCACUAGUAACGGCUUUAGAGGAGAGGUUUUAAAAAUUGUGUGCGAAGUAAGAAAAGGACCGUUAAGUUUUAGCAAGUGCAUUAGAGAAGCGUUAAAGAAGCAUUUCAGGGAUGAGAUAAUUGCGAUUGGUGGAGUGAUACUCAUUGAAAAUGGUAAAGUAAAAGUUCAUGUCGUUAAACCGAGCUUGGCGAAAAUACCUUUAAAAUCAGGGAAAGAGCUAGACAAAUUGCUACAUUUUAUUGAAUUAUCCCCUCCGUCAGUGGGUGUUGGAUGCAUCGUUUCUCACGAUCCCGGUUUGAAUUUAAGACUUGAACAUUUCCACCUGUAUACUGAUCGUGAUCAAGGAGGACACUACCAUAACGAUACGGAACCGAAUACCAUCAAAUAUACUGGUUAUUUUGGUGUUUCCAAGCAGUUUACUAAAAUUGAUAAGUCAAACGAAGUAUGCAUUAAUCUUUUAUAAGCGAUGAUCAAGUAUGGUACAUCUUUGCCAAAGCUACAUUUUUUCAACUGGCUUUAAGGGGUACGCGCGUGUGAAACUUUUUAUCUAUAUGUUAAUUAUAUACAAUUAUGUAAAUACAAGGUAAAAUAUAUAUUAUAUUACAGAUUUUAAAGAAUACAUUAGUUUUUUAAAAACA